CAACAAGCGGAAACACACGGAGGACGAAGAGGACGCACGAGCGCACUCCUUAUUGGCUGUGGUGAGACGGAGCGAGAGCUGAGGAGGAAAGGUGAACAUCAUAAAGCACGUAGGUCUAACGGUCCAUGUGUGCACACCAACGAAGCUGAAGGGCGACAAGAGAAGCCUCGCCUCUCUGUGUCUCCGGCAGGCGUUUGAUCAACCACAGGAACAUUCAAUCUACUGUCCCUCUUUCUUUGGAGUCCCUCCUUGGUGAACCCACAUGCUGCUUAUCUGCUGCUGCCUGAAGAUGGCAGGACAGGAUCAGAGGAAAGUUUAAGUUUUCUGUUGAACAUCAAGUGGAAAGCUCCACAUUUGUGACUCUAAAGAAGCCAUUUCAAACUUUAAAAAAACUAAAUUAACCAUCCACAACACAAACAAUGGCUUCCUACAGCCCCGCCCCAACGCAAGAGGUGACCAAUGGCAGUGCAUCGUCUCCAAAGUCGGAAGGUUCAGAGGAAUCCAUGAAGUUAAAGAAGGAGAUCUCCCUCUUGAACGGUGUCUGCCUCAUUGUGGGAAACAUGAUCGGCUCGGGGAUCUUCGUCUCGCCAAAGGGCGUCCUCAUCCACAGCGCCUCCUACGGCCUCUCCCUGGUGGUGUGGACAAUUGGAGGUAUUUUUUCCGUGUUUGGGGCGCUGUGCUACGCUGAGCUGGGGACCACUAUCACCAAAUCAGGGGCUUCUUACGCCUACAUCCUGGAGGCCUUCGGGGGCUUCCUUGCCUUCAUCCGUUUGUGGACGUCACUACUCAUCAUUGAGCCGACUAGCCAGGCCAUCAUCGCCAUCACGUUCUCCAACUACAUGGUGCAGCCCAUCUUUCCCACCUGUAUAGCCCCCUACCUGGCCAACAGGCUUCUUGCAGCUGCUUGUAUAUGUUUGCUUACCUUUGUGAACUGUGCCUAUGUGAAGUGGGGCACCAGGGUCCAAGACUUCUUCACCUACGCCAAAGUCAUAGCUCUCAUCGCAGUCAUCAUCACGGGCCUGGUGAAGAUCGGACAGGGCUACACACAGAACUUCGAAGGCCUCUUCGAGGGCUCCUCUCAGGACCCAGGAGACAUUGCUCUGGCUCUGUACUCAGCUCUGUUCUCCUACUCUGGAUGGGACACCCUCAACUUUGUCACUGAGGAGAUCAAGAACCCAGAGAGGAAUCUACCACUGGCCAUUGCCAUCUCCAUGCCCAUAGUGACAGUGAUCUACAUUCUGACCAAUGUGGCCUACUACACCAUCCUCCCCAUGAAUGCUAUCUUAGACAGUGAUGCUGUGGCUGUGACUUUUGCAGACCAGGUGUUUGGUGUAAUGAACUGGACUAUUCCCCUCGCCGUGGCACUCUCCUGCUUCGGAGGACUCAACGCCUCCAUCCUUGCCUCCUCUAGGCUGUUUUUCGUUGGCUCCAGAGAGGGCCACCUGCCUGACUACCUGUGCAUGAUCCAUGUCAGCCGCUACACUCCUGUCCCUGCUCUGCUCUUCAACGGCAUCAUGGCUCUGAUAUAUCUGUGCGUGGAAGACGUCUUCAGGCUCAUCAACUACUACAGCUUCAGCUACUGGUUCUUUGUUGGUCUGUCCAUUUUGGGGCAACUGUAUCUGCGCUGGAAGCAGCCAGACCGAAAGAGACCACUCAAGCUCAGCCUCUUCUACCCCAUCAUUUUCUGCUUCCUCACCGUCUUCCUGGUGGUGGUGCCGCUCUACAGCGACACCAUCAACUCUCUGAUCGGCAUCGCCAUCGCCCUGUCGGGCGUGCCAGUCUACUUCCUGUGUUGCUACACUCCAGCCACGAAGAGGCCGCUGUGGCUACGGAGAGCAAUUGCUAAAUCCGGUGUGCUGAUACAGAAGGUUUGCUACUCCGUUUUGACUGAAAUGGACGACAAGGAAGAGUAGAGGAUUCAUUUUUACACCCGGCAAGAGACUGAUGACGCACAAACGUAGAGACCUGAACUCAUCGUGGAUGGCCGCCACCAUCACCAAUGAAUGAAAGGAGUCUGAGCUGGACCCCUGCUCUCCGACCCGUCAGUCAUCACCCAAUGAUGUUAGGAUGUGAGGAUGACGGCGGCGCCUGGGUGCUUGUUGACAAAGAUUUUCCUCUAACUGGGAAUUUGGAGAGAAUGUAAAAUCUCCUUCCUGAAGAAAGACACCAGUUUUUAUACAAGAACUGAAAGUGUUAGUAGAAUUAUUCAAUUAAUAUAUACAAUGAUAAAAUGACAUACAUGAAAUAUGUUUUAUGAUUUCCCUGGAAGGUGGUGAGUUAUGAUUAUUGUGGUUAAAUCGUUCUCAAGGACAGAAAAGCACUGCCGAUUGUAGGAACAGCCCAGUUUUUAUUAAUAUAUACACAGAAAAUUUAACAGUAAAAUAGUUUAAAGAGAGGGUAAUACAUGAACUUUUAUACUGCUCUAUUGUGAAGUCUAUUGAAGGGCUAUUUUUAUGCAAAUUAACCCUUUUUCUGCAGUGUCAGGCUCAAACACAAGCUGUUGAAUGUAAAAGAGUUUGAGACCUUAAAGCUAAAGAUAUGUAUUUAUAAUAAAAUCACUUUGAUGAAACAUUAACAUCUUAUUGUUUUGAUUCAGCAGAAAAUACAUCACUGGGUAAUGUAUGGUGUGAAUAAAAUGAAGACAUAGACUGCAAAGUGGUUGUUUAGAAGCAGAUUUUAAUUAGAAUACAUAAUAACAACCUGCUUCCACCAUGUCAUCUCAUCCAUCCAUAAAUAUUUACAUUAUUUUUAUUUCAAUGUGGAGCAAUCAGCUGGUCUGAUCUAUCCAAUCGUGUCCUUCCACGGACGAGCCUUCCCAGCCGCUGGCUUGCUUUUUGCUGCUGCUGCAGUUUGCUGGAGA